CAAAAAUGGGUAGGAGACACAGCACAUCAUCUAUCACCUACCUGGUGACCAGGCCAAUCUCCUGUUGUUCUACCCAAGGGACAGGCCUGGAUAGGUCUCACACAGGAAUACCCAGGCCCUGGGAAUCCUGGAAGGAGCCAUAAAACUAAAUUGUCUUUACUUUGACUGCAAUCACUGUUUAACAGCAAUCUCCUCUCCAACUGAAGACAGCAAUGCACAUCUCGUGAAGUUGCUAGGAAGACCACAUGAGAUCAAGAAUGUCAAGCAUGGACUCUAACAUCUACUUUUAUCACGUUAGUAGGAGUGUUUUAUCUCUAAGUUGCCAAGAGUCUCCCCACUCUUAAUUAGUCCAUGAAGUUUAGUUUGGAUUUGCAGCUAAGCCCCAAGAUAGAGAUUACUGUAUUCUGAGAAUUGUCUGAGAUUACUGUAUUCUGAGAAUUUUCUAAGUCCACUCUCCAAGGACACCAAUAGAGGUAAAGAUUUUAUCAAGAGGUUCGUAUUUCUUAUCAGAUCCAUUAGUGGCCUAAAGGGUACAAUUAGGGCAGGUCAGAGCAUAUAUAAACAGGAGCUCUUGGCAACCCCUACAUGCUGUUUGCUGAGUAAUUGGAGCCAGGAAAGAAACAUGAAGUGCCUUGUGAUCCUCGGGCUGGUGGCCCUCUCAGAGGGCCUAGUCAUAAUCCCUCUAACGAAGGUGAAGAUUAUGCGAGAAACCCUCAGGGAAAAAACUGUACUAACAAAUUUCCUGGAUGAGAACCUGGACAACACAUCCCAGAAUGCUGCUCAAGACCUGAAUAUUUCUCGUCACCCCCUGAGGAACUACAUGGAUCUGGUCUACGUUGGCAACAUUACCAUUGGAACACCCCCUCAGGAGUUCAAGAUGCUGUUUGACACAGGCUCCUCUGACUUGUGGGUGCCCUCUGUCUACUGCCACAGUACUGCUUGCCGUAUACACAAGCGCUACGACCCUCACUUGUCUACCACCUUCCGGUUAUCAGGCCGGCCUGUAGACCUCAUUUUUGGCUCUGGGAGGAUGGUUGGAUUUCUUGGCUUUGACACUGUUCAGAUCGGGAAACUUGUGGAUGUUUUCCAGCCAUUUGGCCUGAGCGAGUAUCAAUUUGUGACAGAGCAUUCACCCUUUGAUGGCAUCCUGGGCCUGGGCUACCCCAGCAUGGCCCUCCAAGGGACCAUCCCUGUCUUCGACAACCUGAUGAGAAGAGGCGUCAUUUCUCAGCCUGUCUUUGCCUUCUACUUGAGCACCAACAAGAAGAAUGGCAGCGUGGUGAUGUUUGGUGGGGUGGACCACAGCUACCACAAAGGAGAGCUCAAGUGGAUACCAGUGUCCCGAACUCGCUUCUGGCAGGUAACUGUGAACCGCAUCAUCAUGAACGGGCAGUUCCUUGGUUGUUUCCGUGGCUGCCAGGCCAUUCUGGAUACCGGGACCUCACGGCUACUUGGCCCAACUGAACCAAUCGACAACGUCAAGAGGUUCAUCAGCGCCAGGCAUGUCGGUUACGAGUGGGUGGUUCCAUGUUACUUGAUCCCCCGCAUGCCUGACGUCAUCUUCACCAUCAACGGCAUGGACUACCCAGUGCCCGCUCAAGCCUACAUCCGGAAGGGUCAUCGGGGACUAUGUUUCAGCAGCUUUCAAGGUGGCACAGAGAACUGGCACCCACGAGAGACCUGGAUCCUGGGUGAUGUCUUCCUGAGGCUGUAUUUCUCGGUUUAUGAUCGGGGAAACAACAGGGUUGGCCUGGCCCCCACAUUGUAAAUCCUGGGGCUGCUUUAGGAAUCGAUCAGGCCCACUCCAAGCACACACUCACUCACACGU